CCAGGACACGUGAGGCGCCGAGCGGGCGAGCGAGCAGCUAAGAUGGAGGCCGCUGCGGAGCGGGACGGGUCCUUCUGCGUCUGUGCGGAAAACAAAGAGCGGCUCCGGCUGUUGGCGCAGCUUUGCGGCGGCGGCGAUCCCACACCCCUUCCACUGAAGACACAGACGGAGGGAGAGAAAGGACCAACCACCUACUAAGUGCCAGACUUGAGGCCAGCCUCUCUCCUCCCAUCUCAUUCUUUCCUAUAUGGGCAAAUGAGUCUGCAGACAGUGCAGGAACAGACUGAGGAACCAAGACGGACGCUCACAUCACAGGGAAGUUAACAAGCAGCAGCCUUUUGUAUUCAUGCUUUAUAAAGCAGAUAAGUGCAAUGGCGACGCCCAAAAACACUCCCCGAGGUGCAAACACACCGCUAUCGCCCAACCGCAUCACUCGGCUCCAGGAGAAGGAGGACCUGUGCAACCUCAACGACCGCCUGGCCGUCUACAUCGACAAGGUGCGCUCCCUGGAGUCUGAGAACGCAGGUCUGCGGCUGCGCAUCACUGAGUCUGAGACGGAGGUCAGCCGGGAGCUGACGGGCCUGAAGGCCGCCUACGAGACCGAGCUGGGCGCCGCCCGUCAGACCCUGGACUCCGUGGCCAAAGAGCGAGCUCGACUGCAGCUGGAGCUGGGCAAACUGAGAGAGGACCACAAGGAGCUGAAGGCCAGGAACACCAAGAAGGAGUCAGAGCUGGGAGGAGCUCUGCAGAGGCUCAAAGACCUGGAGGCGCUGCUGAACUCCAAGGAUGCGUCUCUGACUACGGCUCUGGGAGAGAAGCGGAACCUGGACGUGGAAAACAGGGAUCUGAAGGCUCAGGUUGCCAAGCUGGAUACCACUUUGGGCGAUGUGAGAAAACAGCUGCAGGAUGAGAUGCUGAGGAGAGUGGAUGGAGAGAAUCGCAUCCAGACUCUCAAAGAGGAGCUGGAAUUUCAAAAGAACCUUCACUCUGAGGAACUGCGGGAAGUGAAGCGGCGUCACGAGUCUCGUAUGAUCGAGCUGGACAAUGGCCACCAGCAGGAAUUUGAAAGCAAGCUGGCUGAGGCCUUGGUGGAGAUGCGCAAUCAGCAUGAUCUGCAGAUCAAGAUGUACAAGGACGAGCUGGAGAAGAUGUACAACAGCAAGCUGGCGGCUCGAGAGGCCAAAGUGAGAGACCUGGAGGACGCCCUGUCUCGGGAGCGGGACACUACCCGCCGGCUGCUCGGAGAAAAAGACAGAGAAAUGGCGGAGAUGAGGCAGCAGAUGCAGCAACAGCUGGACGAGUAUCAAGAGCUCCUGGAUGUGAAGCUAGCUCUGGAUAUGGAGAUAUGUGCCUACAGGAAGCUGCUGGAGGGAGAGGAGCAGAGGCUGCGUCUCUCUCCCAGCCCUCCACCCGCCAUCGUGACAGGAAGUCGCUCCUCCACGUCGGCAGCUCACUAUCGAAGUGCCAAGAGAUCCUGCCCCAAUGACAAAAAUGAGGACGAGUUCAGCUUCACAGGAGCAACUGUGACUCGCAAACAGGUCACCCAGAAAGCGUCCGCCAGCGGCCGGGUCACUGUGGACGAGGUGGACAUGGACGGGAAAUACGUCAGACUCAGCAACAAAGCAGACAAGGAUCAAAUCUUGGGGAACUGGCAGGUGAAGCGGCAGGUGGGGUCUGGAGCAGCCAUCGUCUUCAAGUUUCCAGCCAAGUUCACCCUGAAGGCCGGUCAGAGGGUCACGAUCUGGGCCUCCGGUGCUGGUGGAACCCACAAACCUCCAUCUGAGCUGGUGUGGAAGUCUCAGCCCUCCUGGGGAACUGGAGAACAGUUUCAGACCACUCUAAUCAGCGCUAAUGGAGAGGAAAUGGCAAUGAGGAAGGUCACCCGCAAUCAGUUUGGAGAUGAUGAUGACAUGGGUCAUGGCACCUGUGGGGGUGGUGAAUACGAUCUCCGGAGCAGGAUAGUGGUCUGUGGAUCCUGUGGACUUCCUUCAGACACUGCCAGCAACUCUUCCAUGACCCCAAAUCCUCCCUCUUUCCUCAGUCUCAGAUGAUCCCAGAACCAGCACUCCUUGCAGGGCAGAUCCAUAGUAAAAAAACAUUUUUAACCCUAUGAGCCCCACCCCCUAUUUUCUGGCAUUGUAGGGGGUGCUACCAUACCAUCUUUAGCUACCAUAAAGAGUAGAUCUCUGCAACCAUAAAGGCUUUUUGAAUGUAUUUGGUUAUAAUGUACAGGACACUCUGGAGAUGUGAUAUGAGGUGUAAAUAUUAGUUUAUGUGUUACUGGUGAAAAGUUGAUGAAGUUGGAACACAAUAAAAAUAAGAAAAAUCUAUCUUCAUCUGGAAAAAACUGCACCUACAGUAUAAUACUAUCUUAGUUAACUAAGGCCUCAGGGCCUCCAAAGCUUUAUAGACUCAUAGCACAUAAUGUUAAUAUCAUCUCAGCGAAGGAAUACUUAUUAUAACACAAAGCAGAACAAAAUUGCAAAGGCUUUUUGUAGACAAAAGUCAGAUGAGAUCAGAUUUUUCUACUAUAAACUCGUAAUAUUUUUAUGCCUAUACCUAUAAAAGUAAUCAGUAUAAUCAAAAUAACUCUUCUCUGUAAAUAUCUAACUAAUAUUUGAUCAUAUUAAUCUAAUAUUGAUCAAUCAGGGUCAAAGAAUGAGACCGCAGUACCUCUUACAGCCACUAAAGGGCCACGGGAGACCAGGGUUGAGUUGUUUACAGGCCUGCGUUUCAGCCCGCCAACGUCAGUUCGAGGCCAAUGAGCGCUCGUUUGAGUCGUUACAACCGAAAGAUUUGCAAGACGCGAGAUUGACAGCUCUGGCAGCCAAUAAGAAUGACCCAAACGCACCUACAUCAGCAAUGACGUCACAAUUUGGAAAAUCACGCAAUAUAACUUACUUUAAAUAAAACGCUUUAGACAGGGUGAUUGUUUAUGACCAACGAAGAGGGAGAAAAGGGAAAAUGGGAUUGGUUCAACAGUGAUAGGAACUUUACACGUCAAAAUGUCGGCCAAAAGUGAAAGCAAACACAGCAUUCAGAUAAGUACUGAGGUCCUCUGGCAUAUAUAUCGCCCCCUGUAUUGUCUGCCAUGCCAUGGUGCACCUUGUUGGAUUCUGUAUAAUAUUAACUUUCAUUUGAGCUGUAGUUUAUUUGUGUUGCAUGAGGUUUCGUAGCAGUGGAGCGUAUAUGCUAGCUUAGGUAGCGCUACAGAGUGUCAUUAUUGUUUACAUUUUUGUUUAUUACCAGAGCUGUGAUUGAAGCAUGUGAAAUACAUUUAUGGAGCACUGUA